AUGACCCCGUGGGGACAAGAGAGGUCUUCAUUGACUCAAGAGAGGCCACCGUUGACGCAAGGGACGUCCCCUUUGGAACUGGAGGUGGCCCCGUGGGGACAACAGAAGCCAUCAUUGACUCAAGAGAGGCCAUCGUUGACAAGAGAGGUGACACCCGGGGUGCAAGGGACGUCCCCUUUGGAACUGGAGGUGGCCCUCUGGGGACAAGAGAGGUCUUUGCUGAAUCAAGAGAGGCCACCGUUGACGCAAGGGACGUCCCCUUUGUCACUGGAGAUGACCCCAUGGGGACAAGAGAGGUCUUCGUUGAGUCAAGAAAGGUCACCGCUGACAAGAGAGGUGACACCUGGGGCGCAAGGGACGUCCCCUUUGGUAUCGGAGGUGGCCUCGUGGAGACAAGAGACGUCAUCCUUGAUGCAAGAGAGGCCACCGUUGACAAGAGAGGUGACACCCGGGGCACAAGGGACGUCCCCUUUAGAACUGGAGGUGGCCCCGUGGGGACUACAGAGGCCACCGUUGACACAAGGGACGUCCCCUUUGUCACUGGAGGUGGCCCCGUGGGGACAAGAGAGGUCUUCGUUGACGCAACAGAGGCCACCGUUGACAAGAGAGGUGGCACCUGGGGCACAAGGGACAUCCCCUUUGGAACUGGAGAUGGCCCCGUGGGGACAAGAGAGGCCACCGUUGAGUCAAGGGACGUCCCCUUUGUCACUGGAGGUGGCCCCGUGGGGACAAGAGACAUCAUCGUUGAUGCAAGAGAGGCCACCGUUGACAAGAGAGGUGACACCCGGGGCACAAGGGACGUCCCCUUUGGCAUCGGAGGUGGCCCCGUGGGGACAAGAGACGUCAUCGCUGAUGCAAGAGAGGCCACCGUCGACGCAAGGGACGUCCCCUUUGGGACUGGAGGUGGCCCCGUGGGGACAAGAGACAUCACCAUUGACCCCCGAGAUGGCAGCGGCGACACGACCGCCAGCCCCACGGGGCCAAGAGGUGCCACCACUGACACGAGAGGUGACAUCGGGGGCACGAGGGACAUCCCCUUCGGCACCUCAGACGGUCCCGUGGGGACAAGGGAUGUCACCUUUGACACCCGAAACGGUGCCUGGGACACAAGGGACGUACCCUUUGGCACCAGAGGUGGCCCUACGGGGACCAGAAAGGCCACCGCUGACGGGCGAGGUGGCAUCUUCGGCACCAGAGACGUCAUCGUGGGGGCAAGAGAUGUCACCUUCGAGAGGAGAGACAGUGCCCAGGACACAAGGGACGUCCCCUUUGGCAGCAGAGGUGGCCCCACGGGGUCAAGAGAUGUCCCCUUCGACACCAGGGAUGUCCCCAUGGGCGCAAGAGAUGGCACCUACACGAGAGGCGUCACCCGGGGCACAAGGGACGUCCCCUUGGGCAUACGAAAUGUCCCCUUUGGUCCACGCGAAGGUGCCCGGGGCACACGGGACGUCCCCUGUGGCACCAGAGAUGUCCCCACGGACACGAGAGACGUCAUCUACCCCACCAGAGAUGGCACCUGGGGCACAAGGGACGUCCCCUUUGUCACCAGAGACGUCACCUUCCUCACGAGGGACGUCCCCGUGGACAGACCAUCCCCAAGGAGAUGCCAAGAGAUAUCCCCGAAGGCGUCCCCAAAGAGACGUCAAGAGAUGUCCCCAAGGAGAC